AGGUUUAGCAAAUUAUGAUUUCAAUCACAUGCUAAAUUAUAGGAAACUUGCUGCAUGGUUCGUAGCAUUGGAUUAGAUUAUUCUCAGUUUAUAAGUGUGAGCCAAAUAUAUGACAAGAUGGCGCUGUCAGAGAAACCAACUAAUGCUGUCACAGAACGGAAGUAUGGGCACAUCAUCAUAACGCUGGAGAAUAGCCUCGUGCCCCCAGAAAAAAUCGAGUGCACGCCAUCUGCCCAGGACGGACUCGACUCCGCGACAGAGAUGGAAUUGCGGAUCCUCGGUUGCGAACUUAUCCAGACCGCCGGCAUAUUGCUGAAGCUGCCGCAAGUCGCCAUGGCGACCGGGCAGGUGCUGUUCCAGCGCUUCUAUUAUGCAAAGUCGUUUGUGAAGCACAACAUGGAGCACUACGCGAUGGGAUGCCUCAACCUUGCAUCAAAGAUCGAGGAGGCGCCGCGUAGGGUGCGCGACGUUAUCAACGUGUUUCACCACAUCAAACAGAUACGCGGCUCGAAGCCCAUCUCUCCGCUCAUCCUCGAUCAGAACUACGUCAACCUGAAGAACCAGGUGAUCAAGGCCGAGCGGCGAGUGCUGAAGGAGCUAGGCUUCUGCGUGCACGUCAAGCAUCCGCACAAGAUGAUCGUCACCUACCUGCAGGUGCUCAAAUCCGAGCGGAAUGCAAAGCUCAUCCAGACGGCCUGGAAUUACAUGAACGACAGCCUGCGCACGGACGUGUUCGUUCGAUACAGUCCCGAGACGAUCGCGUGCGCGUGCAUAUACCUCGCCGCACGACAGCUGAAGGUCGUUUUGCCGAGCAGACCGCCUUGGUUUUCUUUGUUCACCCCAGUAGAGGAGAAAGACAUUCAGGAGAUUUGUCUCACCCUGCUGCGCCUUUAUGCAAGGUCCAAGGCUUCAUGGGAUGAUCUGGAGAAGAAAGUGAACGAUUUGAGAAAACUGCAAGUAGAGGCGAAGCUGAAGGCAAAAGAGGGAGCCCCUACCAUAGGAACACCAAAUGCUACAAGUGAAGGAUUUUCGCCGGGGUCUCGCACUGCUUCACCACACGUUGAAGAGGAGAAAGACAAGGAUGUGCACAAUGGACACAAGGAGGCCAACAGCCACCACAAGAACGGAAAGAAGAAGCGAGCCCAUUCCCCUGUUAAGUACAAGUCGAGGGCAAGCGACAGUCGGAGCCCGAGUCCCAAGCGCAACAAGCACAAGGUGCUGCCACGUGGCUACCAGGAGUUCCCCAAGUCUCACAAGCAUGCCGAUCGCACGUACAGCCACAGCCACGAUCGCGACAAGGACAGCAAGCGUCACUCGCAGAAGCACAAGCGCUCACGCACACGUUCCUACAGUGGCUCACCGGACGAGCGUGUGCACAAGAAGUCCUACAAGGACAAGGCAAGUCAUCGGCGGUCACGCUCAAGGUCGGGUGAAGGUCGGCGGCACAAGAACCGUGAGCGCUACCGGCGGUGACAGGUGAGCUGAUAGCAUGUCUUUGAAAACGUGGCAAAGAAUGUUUGCAUUUCUAUGGCAGGCGUAACGUGACAGAAGGACCACGCAUGAUAUCAUUUGGUGCAGCAGAUUGUGGAAUGUAGCAGGUGCAAUUCUAGCGAGUACAAGGGAAGAGCGAGAGAAAAGCAGAUACACAAAGAUUCUGCAGCACUCCAUUGUUUUGUGGGAAUCUGUAGGUUUGUGUUAAGAAGCCUCAGUUUGAAACUGUACUGGAGUAGACAAACGUGUAUAGUAAUUAUCCCUUGGGCUUCUGCGUCCACCCUUCUGCGGAAGGACGUGCUUUUGAAAGGGGUACCCGUGUUGAUCGAUAAUUGUGGAUAGCUUAAACAAUCACUUGCUUUGUCAUUGCCCACAUGUUGCAAUUUCUGUUGGAUAUUUAGAAACUGUGAAGCAGAAAAAUUCCUAAUGUGCCUAACACCCUGAAACAGGAUGGUAGAUGAUCAUUUGAAGUUCAAAUCUCACAUUUUUCCUGAAACGGGAAAUUGGUAUGUUACGGGUUAAUGAUUACAGCAUCGUAAGUAUUGAUAUGAAAGACAUUAAUAGGAACCAUGUUCCAGUAAGUAUUUCAGCCAGUUAAAUGGCAAAAAAGCUAAUUUUGAAUUUAACUACUAUGGCUAUUUUCAACAAUGUUAGGACAAAUUAAGGCAUAUAUGGAUGAUACUUUGGCUAUGGUUAGGUUUUUGUUUUGCCUAUUCAGUUUUUAAAAGUAUCAAGGCAGGCGCCUCGAUGGGCCUCAAUGUAGUUAGGGGCUGGUUUUGUGUUGUCAACCACUAAUAGUUCAAAAUUUAUUGAAAAGUGUGUUGAUAAAAUUAAUAUAAGUACCACACAGUAUAGUAGCGUGAUUAGACCUGUAUAUUUCAGCAGCAUAUAUGUUUAAACAACCUUUACGACUAGUGAAAAUUGUAUUGUGCAUUUAAGUUUUAAAAAUUAAACGUGUUUUGAUAAUAUAGUAACCGAUUCGUGCGGGUAUUUGCUAGUUGCCAAUCUAAUCUGUACUAAUUAUUCAUUUGCAGUAAUGUGCCAGGCAGGUGCUGCCAUCUACAUGAGCCUGCCAGAGCUAGAUAAUAAGAGCAAAUUGUGGUUACAUUCAACAACUUUACAUAUUAUAUACAACACGUUCAGUUUCAGUCUCAUUGGCCUACACCAAACUAUCUUUAUUGUUCUAAAUGGCGUUAUUUUAACAUUCGUGCAGCAAUUCCUGAGAGUACUUGCAAAUUGCAAAUGCAAAUUAAGCACAGUGCUGUAAAAUUUAUAUAUAUAUAACAGUAUUGAACAUAAGAUAAAAAUAAGUUUCAAAAGUACAAUUCCUCUUUUUUCACGAAUGCAAUUGUAUGUGAAAGACCAGCUGUCGCUUUGGAAAUGUGCCUUUUUGUUAAAAUGACAACUUGCAUUCCAUAAACAAAUGAGUGGCAUUUUUAGAUAAGAAUCACACAAGUGUUUUAUCACAGGAUUCUUAAUAAAUUUAUUGAGUUAAACAUCUACAUAUCUUUAAACCUAAAAAAUUAACUUCAAAUCACUCUAGUGCAUCAUGACAUUGUGUGUAGAUUCCUGUGUAUGUUAUAGUUGAUGAGUUAUCUUUCUGUGCAUAAAAUGUAUGCUUAUACUGAAUAAUCGAUGCAAAGAAUGUAAUAACUAUAAUAAAGCAAGUUCUGUGCUAAAUUCUUUUA